CUUCUCAUGGCCAAAUAUCUCCCUGCAUGCCAGAUGGAGUCGGUGAUACGAGUGAGGAUUCCAUCGACUCGACGGAGAUCCUCAGCUGGCGGAUGCCGAACCUAGAUGAACAAGUUAGCGCAACGUCAACAAGUUCGAGUGCGCAAGCUCAUGCACUUGGUCGUCCAUCCCGAGGUUCUAUCCGUGAACGGUUAGGCCUUGGCCCGCGUUUGCAUCUACAUGUUCCCACUCCCGCAGAAUUUCUUUCAGGAUCUUCAAAAAUGCCGAAAUCUCGUGAGAGGCUUUCGUCCGAGUCGACUAUUCGUGCACAUCGUCCUCCAUCCAGGACGAAUUCUCCAAAGUUACCCUUGCAGAGACUUACGUCUGCUUCCCUUGUGUCUUUCAAAAGUAUCGCUGCUAUCACCGCUGCAGGCAAAGGAAUUGACGAGGAAGCUUUCUGUUUUGUUCGGAGAGAAGAAGCACUUGCUAUCGAUCGUGCAUUUACUCCUGAGGACGACCCUUUCGCAGCAGAUCCUCUUACACCGAUCACGCCUAUAUCUCCUGUUUUUGAGACACAGCCUAUGAAGACCGACAAAUACCGUUCCUUUAUGUCUUUGGGAAAUGCAUCCUCAACUUCCGUUUCUCCUGAGUUACCAAUAUGCGUGCUACCGAGUUGGCAUUACCGCCUAGGUUCCAAUUCCAACAAAUCAUCGCCCGCGUUGACUCCUUCAUCAUCUUACCAUGAUCACCCCGAUUCAACCUCGAAGAGAAGUAGAUUGAGCGCAGUUCCCCCAGGCGCACUGCACAAGCACUUUCCUUCGCCCGUCGUCGACGGGCAAAACCUGAAACGUGCUCUACCUUCCAUCCCGAUUGAUCUAUCAAGAAAUCAGCUCGAUCUUAACCAAGCUGUCAUUAAGGUACGGAAUUACCGGAAACUACAGCAAGAGGACUUGAACAACCGACGGCACGAAUGCGAAGAACGCGACUCGCAAGUCGUUGGCCACUCAGAAAGUCGACCUCAUUCACCCUUUCCUCUGCUCUUCCAGAAGUCGAAGGCAACGACUGAGCACUCUGCAAGAUGUAUGCCCACAACCCAGCCAGUCGGACGUCUUGUGGAGUCGUGUCGUAUUCGGCAUGGAGAAUGCAUAGAAGAGCCGAGGUCGCUUAGCGCCAAAGAUGUUGAUGCCUUCGGUGAGGCGGCAAGGAACUUCACGCUUGAUUAUUCUUCGAGAGAAAUAGUUUCUCCUACUGCUUGGCUUUUGGAACUCGAUGAUUAUGAUGACGGUUUCAAAUACACACUCGAGAAUGACGCACCUAUUGGCGUCUCGAAUGUUCUUGCGCUCGAUCUGCAUUCCGGAACACCUAUACACGGGAGGUAUGAUGAAGGACGGAAGCUGUAUGAUCGCCCAAUGAAUCUCGAGGGGAACGAUUAUGGACACUCUUCACCGCUGCGAGUUUUCCAUCCAGCGGAAAGUGAAACGGACAACGAAGGUCAUGUAUCCAGUCUACACGCGUCCCAGUGCUGGCCGCUACCUCCGAAUCAUACAGUCGUUGUCGACGAAGAAUACGGGAAGGUGUACCACGCCGUCGCACCUGACAAUCAGUAUAUUAGAGCGAGUUCAACGUCCCGUUCUCUGAAAUAUUCAAUACACUCACCUGAGAAGAAUUUGGGAUCCGCUGCCACCGAAAUUCGUGACUAUCGGCGAUCAAGUAACAGCUCCUCCCAUUCGAAUGAGCUCACCAAUUCCCAAAGACGGGCGAUUGUAGAACAGUGUAGGCAGCCGCCCGGCUACAAUCACGGCAUUCCUGCAGGCUCGCCGUCUAGUUACAAACCGCCUAAGCCGGUAUCUUCUCACCAACUGAAGCAGCGAUCUCGCUCGACUACGUCGCUUGCUUCUGUGGGCGGCUUCUCAGUCAGAACCUCUAGAACUGCUUAUUAUUCUGCCCGCUCAACGGUCUCUCGUGGAUCGGACAAGUCCACGUUUACGUUCCCGCGUCAGGUUGGAGCGUCGUCCCGUGAAGGAUCUAUCUACUCUGCAUCCUCUUCACGGAGUCCCGAUAGUUCUGGAGACCAUGGACAUAGGCCAUCCGCCGUGUAUCUGGACUCGGAUUCCAGUUGCGUUCCUCCCUGCACAGGCUCCAACAUUGGAUUUCCGGUUUCGCGCGACUUCUGAGAUGUUGACAACAGGGGAUCCCAUCCUUAUUCUGCAAUGUUGUUUCUUCCAUCCAAUAUCUCCGAACCGCACUUCCCCUUCGCCACUUCAGAGCAACUGUAGGUCUUGUCAGUAUGCAGUGAUAUUGGAUGCAUUGUUUUAUCAACUGAAAACUUUGGUUGGUGUCGAUGAUGUCAUAUUAUUAUCUGUUCAGGUGUAAGAGAUCGCGGAAGCAGAUCGAGGACAUUGUUGAAACCAGUACAGGGUCGAAGAGAUCGACGUGAACGCCAAAUUUCGCCAAGGCCAAGGGUUUAUCAGUUUCGC